AUGUCAAAUUGCAUGGCGGUGCGUCGCUUUUUUGCUAAUCAUUGCCGUAUUACUACCAAAAUACCCGUAUUUACGCCGAAACAACAAAAAAUACUCAUUCGUGCUCAUUCUACAACAAAUUUUGUUACCAGCCAAAGAAUAUUGUGCGCGCGCGCAUCCACUUCAGCCCCGGAGAAAACAAUAAUGGCCUUCUCGUACCCGGAGGCGAGGAGGGAUGACAGCGUCAUCGAUGACUACCACGGCACUAAGAUUGCUGACCCUUACCGCUGGUUAGAAGACCCGGACUCUAACGAAACCAAAGAGUUUAUAGAUGCAGAGAACAGAAUCACAAGGCCAUACCUAGACGCCUGCCCUGUCAAGGGAAACAUCAACCAGAGACUAACAGAACUCUGGAACUACCCUAAAUACUCAUGUCCCUUCAGAAGGGGGAAUAGAUACUUUUUCUUCAAAAAUACUGGUCUACAGAAUCAAAAUGUCCUAUACGUACAAGAUAGCCUUGAUGGCGAGCCCCGGGUGUUCCUCGACCCUAACACGUUGUCUGAAGACGGCACCAUCGCACUCUCCGGCAGUCGGUUCACGGAGGAUGGCAACACCUUCGCGUACGGACUGUCAGCUAGCGGCUCCGAUUGGAUCACUAUACAUCUUAAAGAUGUUGCCACAGGUGAAGAUUACCCGGAAGUCUUAGAAAAAGUCAAAUUCGCGUCAAUGUCUUGGACGAAGGACAACAAGGGACUGUUCUAUUCCCGGUACCCAGACCAGGCGGGCAAGACUGACGGCUCGGAGACUGAAGUGAACCGCGACCAGAAGCUCUGCUACCACCGACUCAACACGCCGCAAGCUGAUGACGUCAUCGUCGUCGAGUUCCCCGAAGAACCUCUGUGGAGGAUCGGCGCGGAGGUGACUGACUGCGGCAAGUACCUGAUAGUGUCCCCGGUGAAGGACUGUCGCGACAACUUGUUGUUCUACGCAGACCUCACCAAGCAACCAGAGCUCAAUGGCAAGCUACACCUCACGCAGAUCGUGCACAAGUUCGAGGCCGACUAUGAGUACAUCACAAACGAAGGCUCCGUGUGCAUAUUCCGCACAAACAAGAAUGCACCAAACUACAGGCUCAUUAAGAUCGACCUACACAACCCCACCGAGAACAACUGGGAGACACUCAUACCUGAACACCCCAGCGACGUGUUGGAUUGGGCAUCGGCUGUGGACAACGACAAGUUGGUCAUUCACUACGUCAGAGAUGUAAAGAGUGUAUUACAACUGCACGACAUGAAGUCUGGCAAGUUACUGCAGACGUUCCCCCUCGACGUCGGCUCCGUCGUCGGGUUCUCCGGCAAGAAGGAGCAGUCAGAGAUAUUCUACCACUUCAUGUCAUUCCUCUCGCCCGGAGUCAUCUAUCACGUCAACUUUACUAAUCAGCCCUAUGUGCCUACGGUAUUCAGAGAAGUAAAGGUGAAAGGUUUCGACGCGUCGCAAUAUCAAGCAAAACAAAUAUUCUACACCAGCAAAGACGGCACUAAAGUUCCUAUGUUUAUUGUUUCUAAGAAGGGUCUACAACAAGACGGGUCAAACCCGGCCUUAAUCUACGGCUACGGCGGCUUCAACAUCAACAUCCAGCCCAGCUUCAGCGUCACGCGACUGGUGUUCAUGCAACACUUCAACGGAGUCGUCGCCAUACCCAACAUACGGGGCGGAGGAGAGUACGGAGAGAGGUGGCACAACGCUGGUCGUCUGUUAAACAAACAGAAUGUGUUCGAUGACUUCCAAGCGGCCGCGGAGUAUCUCAUCAAGGAGAAGUACACGAGGCCCUCACUCAUUACUAUACAGGGAGGGUCUAACGGGGGUCUGUUAGUGGCAGCCUGCAUCAACCAGAGGCCAGACCUUUAUGGCGCUGCCAUCGUACAGGUCGGAGUACUGGACAUGCUGAGAUUCCAGAAGUUCACAAUAGGGCACGCGUGGGUGUCAGACUACGGCAGCUCGGAUAACAAGACGCAGUUCGAAUACUUGCUCAGAUACUCGCCGCUACACAACAUACAGACGCCUACACGCGACAUCCAGUACCCGGCGACGUUAGUGCUGACGGCGGACCACGACGACCGCGUGGUGCCGCUGCACUCGCUGAAGUUCAUCGCCGCGCUGCAGCACGCCGCGCGACACACGCCGCAGGAACAUCCACUGCUCGCGCGCGUCGACACCAAGGCCGGCCAUGGCGGGGGGAAACCCACCGCUAAGAUUAUCGACGAGCACACCGACAUCCUGUGCUUCAUGAGCCAAGCGCUCGGACUUGAGUUCAUCAAGUGA